UUCAAAGCAGAGGAAAUCAGCCCAUUGAAAAUAUCCUGCCACGUCAUUCGGGGACUUUUGGCAGAAAUUCCACUCUUGUGUCUGGACGUGGACAAUUUCUGGGGGAAACUGAGAGCUUUGUUAAAAGGAAGAGGGGAAAGUGGGGGCACACAUAUCCAGUGAUAUUUUCCCAUCUGGUACUUUGUAGAAGCCUUCCUCCCUGUAUGUACCUAAUUAAGGCUCCACAGACCUACGAGGUCCCAAGAGAGAGUAGUUACAUCAGCACAGUCCUCAGCAGAACCGAGGAAAGAGCUUCAUCGUCCACAAUUGAGGAAAUGCCCAGAUUAACACAGAGGGUUUGUGUCUCCAGAAUACCUUCCCCUUCCCCACUGCCAUGGUGGAUAUGACAAGAUCAGCUGGCUUCCAGAAGGCAAGGUGUUCAGUAAUGUUUGAACAAAGAAGAUUAUCUCCAAGUUUUUAAAGGAAGGCAUUCUAAAGAAAGUAUUCCAUUCACAACAAAUGAGGUGGGGGGGUCUGAGGAUCAGAAAGGGGAUCCAGGCUAUACCUUUCCUGGCACCAAAAAAACUAUUUGGAAAUUCCAGUAGACCAACUGAUGCUAGAACCUAAUUUGUCGGUGCAUACUCAAAAAAGCAUACAGAAUAGUAAGCAAGGGAUAUUUCAAUUCUGGAACUGUCCUCUUGAUGAAGGAAGUACCAUAGAGAACAGGGAAUUCAAAAAAUCUUCUGUGGAAACUGGCUUUAAUGUAACCAAUAAUCCUGUAAGGGUCUUCACUCCGAACCACUCAUUAACAAGUGCUUCAGAUGAUGAGCAAGUUGGUCCUUACCCUGGACUGCCAGGGCCAUUAGGUGCUUGCUGGGCCUAUGCUGAUGGAGACUUUUUUAAGAACAGAAAUGAGAUUUAUAUUAGUUCAUGUUCAACUAUAGGAAACAACGAAGGUGAAACUUUACCUGCUUCUAACAGGAAUUUGAAACAUGGAAACAGCAGUGUGGAAGAAAAUUUAACAGAUGAAAGUGAUUUAUCAGAAAAUGAGAAAGCAAAUGAUACUUUACUCAGCUAUUUUAAAAAGAUGGACCUGAACUUGAAGCCAGAAGCAAUAGAAAAUGUUGAAGAAUCUUUCACCGAGGAGCCACAUGAAGUAUUUCCAUAUCCCGAUUUUCUCCCUCCUCCUUUCAGUACUCUAGACUUGCACAGUUUAGCCCUCUCAAAAUCUGAAAAUUGGAAAGCGACAGUGGAACCUGCAGAAAGCUCUCUUGAACACUUGAUAACUCGUUUACUGGAACUGGAAAGAUUACAACAUAUGACUAUUCAAAAAGAGAGGCCCAGACUACAAACUACUCUCUGUACUCCAGCAGUAACCGAACGACCCUUUUCCUCCAAAGUUACACCAAAAGUGAGACAGCCAAAACCCUACGACUCUCUGAGUCUUCAGAUACCUUGUGUAGAUAAAAGUCAAGAAAAAAGAAAAAACAGUUCUGGUUCUUGCAAGCUUGAGCAGAAUUCCUUAAAAUGGAAUUGGAGCAAUGCUGGCAAACAUAGAUGGAAUUCUAGACCGUCAUCUCUAAAAAGUUCUUCUACCACAAACCAAUUGAUUGCAACUUAUGAUGGUAGGAAUCCCAAAAGUUCUAUUUUAAAUCCAUGCCAAGAACUCUCAUCCAAGCCUGCUGCUGGCCAGACAACUCAAUCACUGGUUAAAAUAGUCUCCCCGAGAAGUCUGCCAUCGAGGUCUCCAAUGCCAGUUUCGCCUAUACUUCUGUCUUUUCCCGAAAAUCAGAAGGAAAUUAAGGCACCAAAGAGAAACUUUGGAACCAAAAAGAAACUUUACCGACAAACUAUAGUGUUGAAUAGACCAUUCUAUAUUCAGAAGCUAAACUGUUUGUCACCUUCCUUUAUUGCUAAGGAUAAGUGUUCACCCACUGACCAACAAUAACUUUUCUUUCAUACAUCUCAAUGUGAAUAGAUCUAUUCUAAGAAGCCCAACUAAGAUAUGGUUAAUUAUUCCAAGACACAGGUUUUAUUAAAAAAAAAACAACAACAACAGUUGCUUGAUAUGAUAUGGAGUGUAACUUGUGAAAAGCACUGCUGGGAUGUCUAUAUAUAAACUCAAAGGCUUCUAUACUGAUACAUUUGACAAUCUCUUGCAAUUUGUGUUUCAAAGAAAUGGUUCAUUUAGUAGACUAUUCUAUUCAAAAGGCUAUUGUUUUCUUCAGUGAUCAUUUUCCAGUAUAAUUCCAUCAAUAAAUGGUAUAAUUG